AUGGGGAAAAGAACUAAAAAAAGAUUGGAAAGACUUUAUAAUGAAAUUGUUUUCGAAAGGAGAAUAUUAAUGUUGUGCACGGUGUUUGUCGGUUUGUCCAUAGCCGUUUGGUGUAUAUCGAUAACAACCGAUUAUUGGUUUAUUGUCAACGGCGGAAAUGGUAUUUAUGUGCCAUCGACGAAAAGAUAUUUUUAUUCUAGUCAUUCUGGAAUAUGGAGAAUAUGCAGAUUUGCAUACGCGAAUGAAACAACCGGCGUCUCAUCUGGAUUCAGUCCUGGAGAUGAUCGUAACGUAACAGGAAAAUCAGAAACAAAAGGGAAAACAACUUAUUUUAGUAAGUGA